AUGCGCCGCCGUGAGAUAUGAAUAAGUCCCACAGCUGACGGUGAAGAAAACAAUAACACGAGAGCUCGGUGCGUGGAAACACACACACACACACACACUAACGGUGAGGUUUUAACUCGUGUCGGUACCGGAGGACUCUUCUUCUGAGCCGUGUGUUCACGUCCAGUCAUUUCUGCCUACGCACCAACUUUUCUCUUUGUUGACUCAAACUUCGCACAAUGUUGUCAUCGAUAUUUUGAAGCCCGUCACGUGUGGACACGGUGAGAUGGGAUUUUACCGGCGUGUCGUGGACCUGUCCGUGACUUUCACCUGCAGAUUCUCCGUCGUCGUUGUGUUUCUGUGACCGUCCAUGGAGUCAGUCGGCAGGUUCGAGUUCAACAGGAAGGACCUGAUUGGUCACGGCGCCUUUGCGGUGGUGUUCAAAGGCAGACACAGAGAGAAGCGUGACUGGGAAGUUGCUGUGAAAUGCAUCAACAAGAAGAACUUGGCCAAAUCUCAGGCUCUGCUGGGCAAAGAAAUCAAAAUAUUGAAGGAGCUCAAACAUGAGAAUAUUGUUCGACUACUCGACUAUCAGGAAAUGGGAGGAUGUGUGUAUCUGGUCAUGGAGUACUGCAACGGGGGCGACCUGGCAGAGUACCUCCACUCUAAGGGCACGCUGAGUGAGGACACCAUCCGCGUCUUCCUGCAGCAGAUCGCUCAGGCCAUGAAGGUCCUGCAGAGCAAAGGCAUCCUCCACAGAGACCUCAAACCUCAGAACAUCUUACUCUGCCACGCAGAGGGCCGCAGGUCCAGCCCCACCAACACCUGCAUCAAGAUCGCUGACUUCGGGUUUGCACGCCACCUGCAGACGAACACGAUGGCAGCCACGCUGUGCGGCUCUCCCAUGUACAUGGCUCCGGAGGUCAUCAUGUCCCAGCACUAUGACGCCAAGGCCGACCUGUGGAGCAUCGGCACUAUUGUGUACCAGUGUCUGACUGGGAAGGCGCCAUUUCACGCCAGCACCCCGCAGGAGCUCCGGCUGUUCUAUGAAAGCAACAGGAACCUCUUACCCAAUAUCCCGAAGGAGACUUCCAGUAACCUGCGACACCUCCUGGUGAGACUGCUGCAGAGAAACCACAAAGAGCGGAUCAGCUUUGAUGAAUUCUUCCACCAUCCUUUCCUGGAGACGAGCUCAUCCGCAAAGAAAUGCUCUGCAGCUCCUCUGCUCUCCUACCCAAGUUCAGGCUCUGGCAGUUCCUCUAGCGGCUCCUCCACAUCCCAUCUGGCCUCCCCUCAACAUUCCGACGGAGAGAUGCACCGACUUCAGCCCAAAGCGCGAUAUUCCCCGACACAGGACGCCCCCGUCUUCCUGCUGAAAGAAAUAGCGAACCAAGACAGCAGGAACACUUCGUCUUACACCGAGGAAUACGUCAUGGUGCCGGCCCAGUUCCCCAGUGAAUACACGUGUGAGCUAGACGUUGGGUCGCCCAUCGAGAGUUGCCUGAUAUACAGCGGGUGCUCACCGCUGGCUGAGCAAGGCCUCGGAGCUGCAGGAAAGACACCUCCACCCUCUCCGCCGCUACACUCUCCCUCCAAGCUGGCGAGCAAACCUGCCGAGCUUGUCAGCCGCACCUGCAGCCAAGCGGUGCCCAUCCCUGUCCCGACUCAGAUCCAAAAUUACCAACGCAUGGAGCAGAACCUGCAGCCCGUCGGCUUGCACGGCUCCACCAGGGCCACACUGUGUGCAGGCAGCAGUGAAAGCUCUCCACACUGUGGAGGCUGCAGAGCUCCAGGUCCAGGAUUUCUAGCAACGGGAGGAGCCCGACCACAGCAGUCCUCCCCACAAGUGGGAAUGACUCCAAAAACCUCAGAGCAGACUCUCCCGCUCAGCUCGAGAACCGGACUGUUCACCGACUCUCCUGACAUGGCUGAGACCUCCACCCUAAAGCAGGUUAAAUCAAGAAAGCCAACCAGAGCCAGGACAGUCCUGGACCUGCAGUCCCUCGACCCGUCUCCUGCUUCCCAGACUGACCUCAGCAGCAAUUCAGCCAAUCACAAGGGUCCUUUUAAAAGAUCUCUGAGCACAGGCAGGCUGUCCGACAUGCUGCUGAAAGCCGCCUUUGGAGCUCACCUGUUCGAAGUGGGAAGUGACGAGAGCCUCAACUGCGAGAAAAGCAUGGAUAUCACAGCUCCACCUACUGGUUGUCACAGAGGCUUCCCGUACCCAGACAGCCCUCCUCCUGCCGUCUUCACCAUGGGUUCUCCAGCCAAAGGAGACGCCCCUCAGGUGUUCUCAGGCUCCCCCAGCUACAUGAACUCAGCCUGGCUACUCAACAGUCGCCUUCUUCAUGGAGGAAGCCGUAGGAACAGCGAGACUGAAGCCAUGGACGCUACUCCACACAGCAGUCUGGUCUUCCACCCUCCAGAGCUGCCUGAGGACACACUGAUGGAGCAGGCUCAUACGGACGCUCUGAGUGACCUGCGCUUCACCUUGGCUUUUGUCCACUGUGUCAUGGAGCUGGCUUCUUCUAAGGAUCCAGGGCCGGGUGCCAUCGGCAGUCCUGAUGUUUCCUUUCUGGAGCAGAGCUUGGUGACGGAUCAGAUCAGCCUUCUGAGCAAAGAAUGGAGCUAUGCGGAGCAGUUAGUGUUGUACAUGAAGGCUGAAGAGUUUCUGUCAUCAGCGCUCCACGCUGCCAAAGAGAACAUCAAACAAGGCCGGCUCCUUCCCUCUGCUACAGUCAAACAAGUGAUCAGGAAGCUGAAUGAAUUAUACAAGAGCUGUGUAACAUACUGUCGCUCCCUCAACCUUCGGCUGCAGACCUUCUUGAUGGACAAACAGAAGCUCAUGGACCGCUUCAACGGACUCACAGCAGAGAAGCUCAUCUACACUCACACUGUGCACAUGGUACAGUCUGCUGCUUUAGAUGAGAUGUUCCACUACGGCACGGCGUCAGUCCAGCGCUACCAUAAAGCCCUUUUGCUGAUGGAGGGUUUGUCCAGAAUCAUCACGGGGCAAAAGGACAUCGACAGCAUAGAUAAAUGUAAGCAGUGCAUCCAGCGACGCCUUUCCGCUCUGCAGACCUAACAGUAUCCAUGAGCUCCACGGCUGCUCCUGCAUUAUCUUCCCUCACCCAUCUCCACCUUCAAAAUGUGGAUGGAUCUUCCCCAGGCUGUCAGUACACGCAAGCACUUGAUCUGUCUUAAAGGGAAAUGACCACUGGAGCUGCAUCUGCUCUUUAUCCCACCGCACAGUCUGGAAAUCUUUUACAUAAAUGCACAGAAACGGCUGGAAGUCCUUGAAAAGUUCUUGAAGAUAGAUUUGUGUUAUGAUUGUUUUGUUUUGUUACAGACUGAUUUGCACAUAGAAUAAUGGGUUUUUAAAAGUGUUUUACUUGAAACAAAGAUUGUUUAGUUUGUGUUAUGUGUACAGUUUAAGUCCUCCGGCCAAUAGGAGACAGAAUAUUUUGGAUGAGAUGACCAAAUAUUGCAAAGUCGUAGCAGAAAUAGUAAAACUGUGCCUGCGCUUUGUACAUUUUUCAUCACAGCAGAGUAGUGGAUGUAAAAGUAAUUAAGGUUAUGUUUGACCUCAUGCAGAAUAAUUGUCUUACAGUCGUAUAGACUAUAUUUUGAUAUUUGAAUGAGAGUUAAGUUUUUUCACUGAUCCAACUAUUCCCUCCCUCAGGUGGUGAUGUAUUCAGUCAGUGAGGUACUUUAACUGCAUGUCACGAUGUUCAUGUUUAUCUGCUGUUUGCGUGUAUGUGUGCACAAUAGUUUUCAACUAGUUUGUACACGAUUUUAGCCCGACAAACAAUUACAGAUUCAAAUUUUGUGUAAAUUUCAGUGGUUU